AUGGCAUCAAGACAAAGAAGACAAAUAGAAGAGGAAGAAGAGGAAGAGGAAGUUGAUGUACAACAACAAUCAGAAGGAGAGGAAGCAGCCGCUGAAGCAGCAGAGGAAGAAGACGAGGCAUUCAUUCCAAUCAGUAGAUUGCAAGAUGUAAAUGGUAUUACAGCUGCCGAUAUCAAAAAGCUUCAAGAAGCUGGUUUGAAUACAGUACAGUCGAUUGUUCAUAGCACCAAAAAGAUGUUGUGUGCCAUCAAGAAUAUCUCUGAAACCAAGGCAGACAAGCUUAUUGCCGAGGCAAUGAAGAUCUUCAAGACUGGUUUUACAUCGGCAUCUUUGGUCAACCAAGCGCGUAAACAAAUCAUUCAUCUUACCACUGGUAGCAAGGAACUCGAUAACUUGUUGGAUGGUGGUUUCGAAGCUGGUUCAAUCACCGAGUUGUUUGGUGAGUUUAGAACGGGAAAGACUCAAAUCUGUCAUACCCUCUGCGUUACUUGUCAAUUAUCAAUCAAUCAAGGUGGUGGUGAAGGUCGUGCUCUCUAUAUAGACACUGAAGGUACUUUUAGACCUGAACGUCUAUUAGAAAUUGCUGAAAGAUUUGGUUUAGAUGGUGAAUCUGUUCUAAAUAAUGUUGCAUAUGCAAGAGCAUAUAAUACAGAUCAUCAAUUACAAUUAUUAGUUCAAGCAUCAGCUAUGAUGUCUGAAUCUAGAUACAGUUUGUUGAUUGUUGAUAGUGCAACAGCACUCUAUCGUACCGAUUACAGUGGUCGUAGUGAGUUGUCUGAUCGUCAAAGACAUUUGGCACGAUUCCUACGUGGACUCCAACGUUUGGCCGAUGAGUUUGGCAUUGUCGUCAUCAUCACCAAUCAAGUCGUCGCAACUGUCGAUGGCAGCGUAUUCAAUGCCAACCCAAUCAAACCAAUUGGUGGUCACAUCAUCGCUCACGCCUCUACCACUCGUCUCUCUCUCAGAAAGGGUAAGGGUGAGAAUCGUAUCUGCAAGGUAUAUGAUUCACCUUCACUUCCAGAAGAGGAAAAACAAUUUGCCAUUUAUGGUUAUGGUAUUGGUGAUAUUAAAGAUGAAUAA